GCCGGGUUCCCAGCCCGACCAGGCGACGGCAGACACAGCAUUCUCCAAACCCCCACCGGUAGCAACUCUGUUCUAGAUCGGGCGGGACAACCGAGUCGCAAGUGCUUGAUACACUUCAGCACCACCUUCUCUGUCAUUGCCCCGGCCCAAAGUGAGCGCGCAGCCAUGGCCAAAAUCCUGAUUCCGCCGGCGAAGCUGCUGAGCAGCAAGAGCCACCUGAUCCCUGGCCAGUACCUGGUGGAUGAGCUGUCCUUCUCGGUCCCACUCAACUACCGCAAGCCGAACGCGGAGACGCUGCAGCUGUUUGGGCGCAGCGUCCGCAAGUACGAGCACCCUAUCGUGCCGCCGUCCCCACCCGAGUACCUGCAGAACCUCGCGCGCAAGCCGUGGAUGGUCUACUGCGAGGGCGGGCCCGGCUUCGGCAACCAGGAGCCGCAAAACAUGCCCCUCACCAAGACGGCGCUCGAGAGGGGCUACCAGGUGCUCUACCUCGACUACCGGGGCACCGGCCUCAGCACCCCCGUGACCGCCGACCUCCUCGAGUCCAAGGGCGGCGCGCAGGAGCAGGCCGACUACCUCCGGCUCUUCCGGCAAGACAGCAUCGUGUGCGACCUCGAGGCGGUCCGCCAGGUCCUGACCGAGAACUCGCCCGAGGAGGUGCGCCAGUGGUCGCUGUUCGGGCAGUCCUUUGGCGGCUUCGUGGCCCUGACGUACCUGUCCCGGUACCCCGAGGGCCUGCGCGAGGUCUUCCUCACGGGCGGGCUCGCGCCCGUUGGGAGGAGCGCCGAGGAGGUCUACCGGGCGACGUACCGCAAGGCCGCGGAGCGCAACGAGGCCUACUACAAAAAGUUCCCCGAGGACGGCGCGCGGCUGGCGCGGCUCGCAUCCUUCCUGGCCGACAAGGGCGGCUCGGUUCCUCUCCCAGCGGGCGGAAAGCUCACGUUCCCGCGCGUCAUGACGCUCGGGUCGCAGUUCGGGGCGCACGGAGGGCUCGACUCGGUGCACGCCACCCUGCUCCGCGCCGCGGCGGACCUGGAGCAGGUCGGGUACCUGACGCGGCCGACGCUGGUCCAGUUCGAGCAGGCGACCCCCUUCGACACGGCCCCGAUCUACGCCAUCCUCCACGAGGCCAUCUACUGCGACGGGCCGGGGAGCUCGUCUAGCUGGGCGGCGCAGCGCGUGGGCAAGGGGCUCGAGCGGUUCGGGUGGCUCUCGGGCGCCGGCGGCAAGGAGGGCGACGCCGCCGCCGCCGCCGCCUUCGCCGCAGCGGCCGACGAGUCGUCGUCGCGCCCGCCCUUCUUCUCGGGUGAGAUGAUAUUCCCGCUCCACUUCGAGACGUACCCGGAGCUGGCCCGCAUGUCGGCCGCGGCCGAGAUCCUGGCCCGCGCCGACGACUGGGGCCCGCUCUACAACGAGGGGCAGCUCGCGAGGAACCAGGUGCCCCUCUACGCGGCGAGCUACAUCGAGGACCUGUACGUCGACUACGGCUUCGCCAGGGAGACGGCCGCCAAGGUUAAGGGCACAAAGGUGUUUGAGACCAACGUCGUCUACCACAACGGGCUCCGCGCGAGGUCCGACGAAAUACUGGGGCAGCUGCUGCGGCUACGAGACGACACGAUCGACUAGGCAUGUUGUCACGGCUAUUAUCGAGCGUGCCACUGUCCAUGUCCACCUAUUUUGACGAGGGGCUGGGAUGUCUGCUUCCCCCUUCCCCCUGGAGCCCCGAUUGUGAGAAGCGCAGGUGGGAAAGGAAUGAUGGCAUGAUGUUCAAUCCCAAGACAGAGCAACACAGUUUCCCCCAUCUAGGUCCUAGGUCAGAUACAAGGAAGC